AUGCUCAAAGGGCUGUUGGAUGCUCGUCAAGGCGAGAAUGACAGGCCCUUGGGGCUCCAGUUUCGCUCGUCUGUUUCCUUCGUGACAUUGUCCGAAGACCCUACUGAUCUCCUUUGGACAGUUAUUCCUUUCCGGCUGGAGACUUUGGGUUAUAACGAGCCAUCCGCAUUGACUGGGUGGCUACUAGUGGCCUAUUCUUCUGGGCUCGUUUGUGCGACUCCACCACUUGCUUUCCUCGCUGAGAGAUACUGGUCACGGAGGCGACCGCUGACGAUCAGCCUCAUCAUCCUCGCUGUUUCUCAAGUCUUGUUCAUGGAAGCACCAAAUUUUGCCAUCAUGGUCGUUUCGCGAUGUAUUCAAGGCAUGAGCUCUGCGGCCGUUUGGGUUAUCGCUUUCUCGCUCUUAUGUGAUACGGUGUCAGAAGAUCACUUUGGUCGUCAGCUGGGGAUCGUCAUGAUGGGGGUCCGGGCAGGAUAUCUGUGCGGGCCUAUACUUGGGGGGUUUCUCAACGAGUCCCUUGGAUAUCGCGCACCAUUUAUCCUCGCAAUUGGAUUUUGCGCUCUCGACCUCCUGGGCCGCUUUCUCGUCAUUGAAAAGCACGAAGCUGAGAGGUGGAUGCAGAGUGGACAAUCAAAGCAGAGCAUGGAAACCGGAAAGAGUAUUGAAGAUAUCAGCGGUCGACCUAAACCAACCCUUCCACGGAGACAAAGUCAGAUGUCCGUCUUGAAAGUACUUGCGACUCUAGCGCGUUCUCGGCGUGCAUUCGUUGCCCUGCUGAAUAUCUUUAUCAACGGGCUCAUCUUCACUAUGUUGGAACCGACAUUGCCGCUUCGACUGCAAGCUCUUUACGGAUACACAUCAUUCAAAGUUGGAAUCGUCUAUUUGGCCUAUGCAAGCCCUGCGAUUAUUUCCACCCCACUUGCUGGGUGGAUCGCAGAUAAAGCGGGAGUAGAGUGGGUUACGCUGGGUUGUCUGAUGAUCUCGAUCCCAUGGUGGAUCGUCAUGGGAUUUCGAGGCUCGAUCGUGUUGCUCGUCGUCUGCCUCGCCAUCGUAGACAUCUUACUCGCAGCUGUGGCUACUCCGCUUACUGCUGACCUAGCGGCGGUCGCACGACGCAAGGAUGGGGUAGGGAAUGCGCACGUGUUUGGCGCGUACAAUAUGGCGUAUUCACUCGCCGGGCUCGUUGGUCCUAUUAUCGGUGGACAAAUCUACACUUAUAUCGAACACGGAUGGUCCGUUAUCGUAUUUACGGUUGCCGGUCUGCUAUUCCUGGGUGGUGUGGCUGCUUCGAUAGGGGCCGGAGAACGACCGCUUCUGCUACGACUCUCUCAAUUCGGUCGCACCGAAAAGCCACCUAUCUCAAACUCGCCAGACGUUCCCAUUAAACUCACGCUCAUGGAACACGCUCUUGCAAGCAGUACCGAGACGGACCUAUCAAAGGAACCCAAAGCUCCCGUCAUCACCAAAACGGAAUUGAUUGAUCUCGGCCGUGACCCCCCUGCGUCGUGCAGCGCCGGCCCGACCAGCGACAACAACAUGUUUGUGUGGACUGCGAGCAUCAUGGGACCGGGUGAUUCGCCGUAUGCUGGUGGUGUCUUCUUCCUGGACAUCAACUUUCCGACCGAUUAUCCCUUUAAACCACCCAAAGUCAGCUUCAAGACGAAGAUUUACCAUCCCAACAUCAACGCCAACGGUAGCAUCUGCCUGGAUAUCCUAAAGGAGCAGUGGUCACCAGCACUGACAAUCGCCAAAGUUCUCCUCUCCAUUUGCUCAAUGCUCACCGACCCUAACCCUGACGAUCCGCUUGUUCCAGACAUUGCACACUUGUACAAGACGGACCGUCGGCGAUACGAAGCUACUGCGCAAGAAUGGACGAGAAAGUAUGCUAUGUAG